AGCAGACAGACUGAAAUCGUGACCUGUUUCGGACUAGAUCCAACGAGAACGUGGAGCAACCUCGAUCUGGGGUCCGUCCCUGUUAUCAGCGGUUUUUGUCAACCUCGACAAUUGGCCCGGCUGUUCCAUCAACCACCUCAUGCGAACUCAACAAGAUCGGAACUAGUCAGCAUUGAUUUGUCUCUAAUUAGCGAGACUGUUCGAACCACGUCAAUGGUACUCACCAGAUUUUGGUGUCCCAAGCCUUGUGUGUGACACACACCCGCGAAAGGACUGAUAAGCUACCAACUGAGCACUUCGGGACUGAAAUUCUGUCCCUUUUGGGACAUGGGUCGAAACAAUCUAUUCGGAAUUGCCUGCAAAACAUGCCGCCGUCGUGGGAGAAAAUGUGAUCGGAGCCUGCCGACAUGCACGAAUUGCAGCUUGAGGGGUGUCGAAUGUGAAGGAUAUGUCUUACGUUGGGUCGAUGCCAAUGUCCGAGGACCUUCGGCUGGGCAGACACAUACGACCCCUUUCCGUGAGAACGUCUUGCAUGCUGCCCAGGAGCGGCCUACCCCAGGCGAGCUGAAGACCACACGUACUGGGCCUCGUAGAAUAAAGGAUACUCAGCACCCUCAUCAUGAAGCGAAGAUUGUUUCGAAUGCUGAGCCUCCAGGAUAUCAUGCUUAUGUCGCAGAUUCCGAAUGCUCUGGCACACAUCAUAUCGACUUUGAGGAUGUCUUCAUCCUACGACGACAAAAUUGGAGCGUCCUCGAGGUCGUGGGAACAGGUCGCGAUGGUCUGGAAGGAUUGGUCGAUUAUUAUGCCCGUGAUAUCAGUACAGCCUUCUAUCUCGGCCAGGGCCCUGCUGAAACGCCUGACAUUCGCCAUAUUCUGCCUAUGGCCCGAAGCAUUCCUUCGGUGAGAUGUGCAGUGGCUGCCUCGGCUGCAUGCCACCUAGCGAAUCGGCUGGAAGACGACCAUUUAAAGAGACAAAGUCUUCAUCUGCGACUAAAAGCGACCGAACUCCUGAGAGCGAAGUUGAAAAGUGAAGGUGACUUGCCAGACCUAGCAUGUUUGGCCUGUAUGCUGCUACUCGCUCAGCUCGAUGUAUGCUCCGGGGACUGUGUCGAAUUUGGGACACACCUCAAAGCUGCGAGCACCUUUAUCAAGUUGCGUGGGUCCGACGGGACAGAACGAGGUUUCAUUGAGCAACGUAUAGCAUGGCUUGACAUUAUGGGCGCAACUACAAGCUCGAGAAUGCCGCAUUGGUCCUCCGAAGACGUCAAGGCUACCCUGAACAAGUUCAGAACACCAUCAGGAAGAGAAUGGGGCUUUGAUGUGUUCUACUGCCCCAUUGAUCUGUUCGAAUGUAUCGCCGAUGUUACGGUGUUGUACAAAUCACAGUCUAAUCCACAAGACAUAGAUCAUGAUAUCGUUGAAAAAGCCAUACUACUCGGCAUUGCUGUCAGAAACUGGGAUGCGUCUACCAACGACUCCGAUACCCGCCACCAUAUGGUCGAGGUAUGGAGGUUGGGAAUCUUGCUCUAUCUGAUUCGACUCUUCCAAUUGCCCAUCCACAUCUUCAACACGCCAGAACUCAUCGUUAGCAUCUUUCAUCAUGCACGUGGGAUUCCCUCCAAAACAAGCUGGAGCUACUCGACAUCGUGGCCCUUAUUCCAGGCUGGCUUACUUCUACCCCACAAGGAGUACCAGACCCAGAACUGGCUACGAAAUGAACUGCAUACGAAUUUCCGAGCUCUUGGUUGUAUUCACCAAAAGCUUGCCGCUGAAGCUUUGGAACAGGUCUGGAGGUCAGGUGAGGAUGGGCUCUAUGAUCUUUCCGACGCCAAUUUUCCAGAGCGCAAGCUUAUACUCUAG